AUGUUUUACUCGGAGACGCUCCUCCAGAAGACCGGGCCUCUGGCUCGCGUCUGGCUUUCCGCCAACCUCGAGCGCAAGCUCUCAAAGACGCAUAUCCUGCAGUCUAACCUCACGGACAGUGUCGACGCCAUCAUUACACCCAAUCAGGCGCCAAUGGCCCUCCGUUUGAGUGGCCAGCUGCUGCUUGGUGUCGUCAGAAUCUACAGCAGAAAAGCGCGUUACUUGUUGGAUGAUUGCAACGAGGCGCUCCUCAAGAUCAAGAUGGCCUUCCGCACAACUGGCAAUAAUGACUUGCCAGAGAAUCUUGGCGUAGCCAACCGCGAGGCUCUUAUGAUCCCCGAUCGGAUUACCCCUGCGGACAACCUGAACACCCUUCCCGCGUUCACAAUGCCGAAUGCCGACUUCCUGCUCAGCCAAAUGGACGAGGUCGAUGCCACGCCAAGCAGCACCAACUUUGGUAAGGCCCGCAGCAGGCCCAGCAACAACCGUGACAUCAACCUCCAAGAGGAUUACAACAACAGCCAGUUCCUCCAGACUGAUAACUUCGACGACAACGGCCUCGACCUUGUGCCCGUCGACGACGACCUCGAGCUUGAGCUCGACUUCGGCAUGGACAUUGACGAGCGACCCAAGCACCUGGACCGCAGCAUCGAAAUGGGACGAGAUGCUCCAGCUGCGCGUUCUAUUGAAGACGACAUGAUCAGCGAGAUGGACUUCCCGCGGGCAAAGGGUGCCGAUGCUGAGCCCUCAUUGGCACUGGACCUCGGGGACGGCGUCAUGAUUGCUGAUGGCGACGGAGACAUCAUGAUGGAUGGUGACGAUUUCCAAUUCGAUAUUGGUGAUCAGUCCGCCAUGCCCAACAUGGCUGGUGCUCGGGAUGCCACCCGCGCCCGCAUUUCGGAGUCCCCACUCUCAGACAUCGAUGAGAAUGUGACCCGGGAUCUUGAAGAGUGGAAGCGCCUCAAUAACCACAGCAUCUAUGAGCCCGGCCAGGAAGCCGAGGACGUGGAGCCGGCGCCCCAGAAGAAGUCUAAGAAGAAGAAGGUCUUUGCCCUUGAUGCUGCCACGCAGCUCACCAGCGCUCACAUCAAGGAGCAGCAACAAUCACAUGACAAUAUCCUCAAGGAGCCCAGCUUCAUCUCUAGGGACCCUUACCUCCUGGCUCUCUUGGAAAUGAAGCACAAUGGUGGAUUCGUAUCCAGCAUCAUGGGCGAUGGCCGUAGCAAGGCUUGGGCCCCCGAGCUCCGUGGAUUACUUUCGCUGGAAGCCUUGCACUCCACAAACGAGCUGAAGCGUAAGCGUGAUAGCGGAAUUGCCGACAUCAGCGAUAACGAAAACACCACAUCCAAGUCCCCGCGCCUGGAGCUAGGCGACGACGACGACGACACUCUCACAGGUCCUGCCGGUGGACUUGGCGACCGGACUGCUGGUCCCGACGGUACUAUGCUUGAGAUUCCCGCCGACGACGGUGUCGUCAUGAACGAUGACGAUGGAUUCGCUGAUGGCACAGCCCUGCCUGCUUUCGACGACACAACUGUCCCCAUUGUCCAUCCUGCGGACAGUGGGCCUGUCUCGGUUGGCACAAAACACGCAGUCCACAUUUUGCGGGACCUCUUUGGUGCCGAGGCCGCCCAGAGCGAGGAGAAGCGGAAGAAGACUGCUGUUGUGUUCCAAGAGCUCCUGCCCGAAGGAAGGACGACGAAAGCUGACGCCACCAAGAUGUUUUUCGAGUGUCUUGUCCUGGCCACAAAGGAUGCCAUCAAGGUUGAGCAGAAGGAGGGCUCACUAGGUGGCCCAAUCAAGGUUCGCGGCAAGCGUGGCCUGUGGGGUGCCUGGGCUGAGCGGGAAGCUGGCGGCGAGAUUGCCAACCAGGACGAAGAGUCGAGACCAGAGCCGACGAUCGCUAGUGCGUCACAAACAGUAGCGGCCGCCGCUUGA